UCAACGUGCUCUCUAUUCAAGUCAUGGACUGCAGCGAGCGGGGGAACCAUUAGGAGCCGGUGGCAAAAAACCCGCUUUAUUUGGAACACACGGAUGGUGAUGAUGAUGAUGCUGCCACACCAGCCGGAUCGGACACACUCUCCCUGACAAGCGGAAUUAUUACUAAUAGCUGCGCUUAUGUAAUCAAUACACCGAAUUGCUUUAGUAGGGGGGUGGGAAGGGGGGAAGAAUAGCAUCCCGUGGAUCCUUCCCAUUCUACUUGAUAGAAAAUAUCCUACUGUAUGCCAUAUGCUCUGCGAUUUUUUAGAGCAGCCUAUGGCAACCCAUUUGUCCUGAUGCGACGCGUGUGAUGGUUGCAGUGGGACGGAUAUCCUUAAUUUGAUCCAAUAGGCGUUCUCAGGAUUUUUUUGUAGGACGCUUCUGCGCCCCUUUCUGCGCUGACCUUAACAAUGCUUUAAAUAGGUAAUUAAUUGUCAUGUCUGUCCAUGGUUUUGUUCAUUUGUUUUGAGUAAAUGACACUCGCAACAACAAAAAAACUAAAAGAUUGACUAGUAAAUCCACACGAAUUAGUCCACUUCGGUUGUAUUUGUAUUUUUCUUUUUUUUUUCUUUUUUUGUUUGUGAAAUUUGAUUUAGCGGUCUUUCACAGGAGGAAACCACCAGUGGGAGUACAUUUUGGACUGUGACUGGUUUGGGGGAAAGAAGGGCCUAUACAGACUUGAUCCCCCCAUUAAAAACUCUGCAGGAUUCCAUCCUCUUCAGUCCAGAGGAAUAUCUUCAAGUCCAGGGGGUUCCUGCUCCUCUGAGGGCUUUCAUCGGCGCUCAUUGCAUCCGAGGGAAUGGUGGCCGCACCGCAGAUCCACGCAACUCUUUCUCAAUGUUUCGCAGGCGAGCAUCUUGACUUGUGAUCGAGAGAGACGCGGACUGCAGCAGCCUCCAAUCCCUUUCACAUGGAGAUUUGUGCCUCGCUCGUACUGCAAAUCUUGAAAACGGGGACCGUGGCCCUGCUGGUUUUUCCUUCGCUGUUCUCAACGUCGAUUUCAUUUAUUCGAGAAAAUGCAGAACACGAACAGCAGAUGAACUAUGAAUGCUGAACACAAUGAUCUCUUCCCUCCAGCGCCAGACAAUGAGAGGUCGUAGGCUGAAGGGGGCGCUGUCCAACCCCCUCUUUGUGCUGCUUUUGGCCCUCCAGAUCCUGGUGGUGGCUGGGCUGGUUCGCGCUCAGACCUGUCCUUCUGUCUGCUCAUGCAGCAACCAGUUCAGCAAAGUAAUAUGCACCCGCCGCAGUCUACGGGACGUCCCAGAUGGCAUUUCCACCAACACUCGCUACCUGAACCUCCAGGACAACCUCAUCCAGGUCAUCAAGGUGGACAGUUUCAAACAUCUGCGCCAUCUGGAGAUCCUGCAGCUGAGCAAGAACCACAUCCGCAGCAUUGAAAUUGGCGCCUUUAAUGGACUGGCCAGUCUGAACACUUUGGAGCUCUUUGAUAAUCGGCUCACAACAAUCCCCAAUGGAGCGUUUGAGUACUUGUCUAAGCUGAAGGAAUUGUGGCUACGGAACAACCCCAUCGAAAGUAUACCAUCUUAUGCCUUCAACCGGGUCCCCUCGCUUCGAAGGCUGGAUCUAGGUGAGCUCAAACGUCUCUCCUACAUUUCUGACGGAGCCUUCAAGGACUUGAGCAACCUGCGCUACCUGAACCUGGGAAUGUGCAACCUCAAGGAGAUCCCCAACAUCUUACCUUUGGUCAGGCUUGAAGAGCUAGAAAUGUCAGGAAACCAGCUCUCUGUUGUCAAGCCCAGCUCCUUUUUAGGAUUAGUGAACCUCCAGAAGCUGUGGAUGAUGCAUGCCCAGAUCCAAACAAUCGAGAGGAAUUCCUUUGAUGACCUUCAGUCACUGGUCGAGCUCAACCUGGCUCACAACAACCUUACCUUUCUACCACAUGACCUCUUCACACCAUUGCAUCGCCUGGAGCGGGUCCACCUCCAUCACAACCCUUGGAACUGCAACUGUGAUAUCUUGUGGCUCAGCUGGUGGCUGAAGGAGGCAGUACCUGCCAAUACUAGCUGCUGCGCCCGUUGCCAUUCUCCUGCAAUCUUUAAAGGUCGCUACAUUGGGGAAUUGGACCACAGCUACUUCCAGUGUGAUGUUCCUGUCAUUGUGGAGCCACCAAGUGACUUGAAUGUGACAGAAGGCAUGGGUGCAGAGCUUAAAUGUCGUACCAGCUCGCUGACAUCCAUCAGCUGGCUUACACCAAAUGGCUCGUUGGUGACACAUGGGGCAUAUAAAGUGCGUUUGUCUGUACUCAAUGAUGGGACACUGAACUUUACUAGCGUCACAAUGCAGGACACUGGAACUUACACCUGUAUGGUAAGCAACACAGCAGGCAACAUUUCUGCCUCUGCUGUGCUUAAUGUCACUUCUGUGGAAAACAGCGGAGUGACCUAUUUUACCACAGUCACCGUGGAGACCAUUGAGACUCCGGGGGAUGAUAGCCAAACGCCACUUCCCCCAUUUGGCUGGGUGUCAUCCUCUACAACAAAAGGGACUCCUGUUUCAACAAGGACCACAGAGCGGACUUAUACAAUUCCAGUUCUUGAUCUGGAUGGAGAGGGAGCCCUCAAUGGCCUAGAUGAGGUGAUGAAAACCACCAAGAUUAUCAUAGGCUGCUUCGUGGCCAUCACACUUAUGGCUGCUGUUCUGCUGGUUAUUUUCUACAAGAUGAGGAAGCAGCAUAACCAGCAGGAUCCUGAUGGCCCUGCCUCCUCCAUGGAGGUCAUUACAGUUGAAGAAGAGCUUGCAGGUGUCGCUGCCAUGGAGAGACACCUAACGCUGCCCCCUCUGGAGCACUACAACCACUACAACACCUACAAGAGCACUUACCACCAUGCUCCUAUGCUCAGCACCAUACACAGCUCAACCACACAGGAACCUUUACUGAUUCAAGCCUGCUCAAAAGACAAUGUACAAGAGACCCAAAUCUGAUCUUGAAUUUGACUAAACAUCCCGUAUCAGCAGUUUCAUACUUGGAGUACAAUGGACCAAAACGUGAAGAUAAAAGAAGUCAAAAUGACAUUGACUUGACAGAGAUGAUGUCGAUAAAUCAGCAUUUGGCAAAUGGACAACAUAUGAUACUUUAACAAGUGUCUUUACAAAAACAAAGAUUAUUUAUUAAAAGUAUGUCUAGUGGCUAAAUGAAGAAAAACAAUUUGUGAUAGCUUUUUAGCUCAUUUUAUUUCUCUCUCUCUUUCUCUCUCUCUCUCUCUCUCUCUCUCUGUGUAACACUGCACAAGGGAAAGAAUGGUUUUCUUAAAGUGAAUAUGGAAGGCAUGAAACAGCUCAUUGGAAACCACUGACAUUGGCCUUAAGCUAAAAUUAAUGCAAUGCCAUUACUUUAAUAUUUUGAUUUUACCUGAUAAUAAUGUGUUUUGUUGAGGGGCAUUGCUUUAGUAUUUAUACGCAUUUAUUUACUAGUUGUUCAGCAUACCAAGUCCAAUUUGGCAGAGGUUUAUAACGACAAAAGAAAAAAUGGGUUUAUUUUCAUUGCCAUCAUAUUCUAACUGUCACUCAUCACAAAAUGAGAUCUCUUUAAUGACACAGCUCUGGGUGAUAUCACAGUGAAGCCAGCAUGCCCGAGGAGCAAAGCAGUCAAAAAGAGUAGCUGUGCAUUUCCCCUGUGGCUCCUGAACAACAACCAUACAUCCUUCACUUUAAUUAAGAUUAAGUUCUUGCUCCCACUCCUCCUCCUACCUUUUCUUCACACUUCAACCUUUACUACUUCUCUCCUACUCCUCCUCUCUUCUUCUUCUUCUUCUUCUUCUUCUUCUUCUUCUUCUUCUUCUUCUUCUUCUUCUUCUUCUUCUUCUUCUUCUUCUUCCUCCAUGUCUGAGUUCUCCAUCUUCCCUGUCAACCCUCUCUGCUCUCUCCCCACUCUCAUUUUCCUCCAUGUCCUCUUGCUUCUUUGAUUGUCUCUCUGUCACUUAGCUCAGGCACGUUUCUCACCCCCUCGCCAUGUCUCAUUUGUCUCGCUUUAUCCGCCGGCAUGUGCCGCACGACGGCAGAAUAUUGCUUGGGAAAAUGAAGGGGAGCAUAAGGCUGCAGUCUGUAGCCUCCCUGUUAACCCAGUAAUGAUCUACGUCCACUCAGUGUCCCGUUACCUUGCCAUCACCCCAGGGUCACACGAGCUUGGGCGCUGAUAGUCCAUCUGUUAUACACAUGAAGAGGCAAAUGAGGCUGCUUUGUAAUGUAGUGUGACCCUGUCAGACGAACGCAGACGGGGCUAACAUAGUCAGUGAGGCAGCUAGGAACUUGCAACAAAAUAAGGGGAGAUGGGUUAUAGCUCAUUAAUCUGUAUCAGCAAUUCAUUUGCAGACUAACAGAGGAAAGCUGAUAACAAAACAGCGUGAGACUUUUCCACUAUCCCUGUGCCAAACAUCUAACAGAGGGUGGAGGCCUUUGAUAUUGAAGCGACCCCUGCUCAGUCUCAUUUUUUUUGUCACAGAAAAACACACACACACUUUGAUGUUGCAUCCUGUAUAGACCAUGAAAACAUUGUCUCUCCUCUAGUCUGUUUACACUUUGAUUUUUCAUUUAGUCUUUCAAAGAGGACGGCUUAAGGAGGAAGGAGGUAGGGAUGAAAAGUGAAGAACAGUUGGUGGGGAGGCGGGAGCCAGAGCCACAACAGUCAUGAGGGGUCUUCAAACAGAUAUAUUGCAGAUAUGAAGGGAGUGGAGUGAAAAAAAAGAUAAGGAGGCAAAACUAGCCAUCACACUGUCGCCAUGGAAACAGUGACCUUGUGCAGAAAGUAAAAAGAGGUAGAUAUGCCUUUUGCUUUGGUCUCUGUGCAACAAGCAUAUUUUAAUUUCCCACAGGCGAUUUCACAAAUGCGACAGGUUAUCGCCAAAUCUGACAUAAUGGAAUCUGUAUUUACAAAUGGUUUUGAUGGGAUUUGACCCUGCACACGACGUCACCUUUGCAGAGCAACGCACUGUUUCAGUUAUUUUAAUGAAAUAUCGCUGCAUGAUGUGAAAAUUUCAGUAGCUCUAUUCGCCUUAUUAACUUUCCUCUCAGUCAAGACAGCUUCCAUGGGUUAUAGUAUGAGUCUAAUAAAGCACUGUCACACAAAUUCAUAUUCUUCUUAUCAGUCAGUCUCCUAAAUGUAUUCUUUUAUACAAUACAAUAACGGUGGUAUGGUGGAAGCAAAAUAUACAUUUAAGGACCGGCCUUGUCAGUGGAGGUGGUAGAGACAUUUGAAACUGUAAGUGGAAAAGGAACAAUUGAAAGCUAUUCAUGCCUUUCAUUGAGUGUUACGAAUGACGAGACUAGUACCGUUAAUGGUAACAUCAUAGAGUGAACCAUUCUUUCCCUUUCCACUGUUUUCUUUUUCAAUGCUCAAUUCCUUUUCAAUGCUUUUGGUGGCUUAAUGAUUCAAUGUUAAUGCUGGCUACAGUAAAAAAAAAAAGAAAAAAAAAGAGUUUUUUUUUUAUAUAUAUAUAUAUGGGGAUGAUGGUUGUCAGUUAUUCAGAAUGAAUGGAAUACAGUAUCUCUGUAUUGGUAUUUGCUUGAGCAGGAUGGCUUUAUGUGGAGAGAUAUCUGAAUGCCAGAAUGAAAUUACAGUAAGACUGACCUGCAGAAUGUUGGACUUGAAAUACCAGCAGAGUGAGCUUGAUUUUUGUGCAAAACCCCAAGCCAAGGUGAUCAAAUUGGUGUGUGUUAUUCUGCCAACUGUCUAUGUAUAGAGAGGGUUACUGUAUGUGUGAAUAUUCUCUCUCAUUUUUGGAGAGAAUAAUCAUCAAAUGGUUAAAUUUCUACAAAAAAAAAAUAUUUUCAAAAACAUAAUGCAAAAAAAAAAAAGAUCUUCGAUCAUAAUUUUACAUGUGCUUCAAUUGUUAAAAAAAAAACACAAAAAGCAAAACAAAAACAAGAAAAAAAAAACAAGAGACUGUGCUUGUAAAGGAGUCCAACUAAUUUCUCUGAGGAUGAUGUUCAAUUAUUGAUACCUGAGAUUGUAGUUCAUACUGUACAUGAAUACAAAUAAAAAUUGCAAUUCUUUUUUUUCCAAUAGAUUUCAUACUAUGUAUUAUUCACAGACAAUAUGUCACCAUUUUGCCUUAUUUGUCCCAUUUGCACAUGAACACUUGUAUAGAAAUAUUCAAAGAAAAAGGAUUACUAAGCAGCUCCAAGAAUGCUGAACUGAGAAGAAUGUGCUUUGAAGAAAUGUGCUGUAGCUUAUUUUAUGAGGUCGGAGGAGGGAAGUGGAUCUCUCUCCAAAGAAAAGGAAGUAAUCUUUCUGUAUUAUACAUGGAAAGUCAGAUUCUUUUAACUAAUUUGAAUCACUCCAUCUGUCUAACAGAAUUGUUUGAUCCAUACGGGCAAAUCUGAGAAUUUCAUGACCAGUAGCACAAUAUGCUAUGCCUGCUCUCUACGCUGAAUCAAUAUGAUGAACAAAGACCCUCACAGAACCUUGGAACCAUUUUCACAGUCCUAAAAAUACAAGCCUACACUACUACGGCGUCAGGAUCAUGUCAUAUCUCGCGAGCGCGAUAAAACAUGCCCACGAGCAAAUUAUAUCAUUUCACAUGCGCAGAUAUUACUCCGCGCACCAAUUCAACAAUGGAGAGUUCUACAGGCAGCUGUGAGCGUGAAACAAAACAGAGGGAGAGGGAAAGAAUGGCACCUGUGCAUAUAAAACUAAGCAGCACGUGCAGAGCAUCCACCACACACCCGCGAGUGUCUGCUGUGCGAGCGCUGGAGGGCAUACACGCUCUCGCUGGUAAACUCUGCUCUAGAAAUGAUUUCUGCUCGCUCGAUUGAAACUGACUUUUGACAUUAUGGGGGUGGAAACCGCCUAUGAUUGGUCACUUUCGAGGCAAUCUCACCCACGGACCUCCUUAGCCUACCUUGAUUGACAGCUGUUGCUCAGGAAGCUCGGAGUUGUUGUACCAGCCCGAAGAACAGUUUUUCUGUCUUUAUUGACGAUGUAGUGCAAGAUAGCACUGUAAAUAGGGAAUGUAUAUGUAUAUGCGCGAUGCUUUUGAAAUGUCCGUAAAUGCUUUCAGAUGUAUGAACCCAUGCCUCUAACAUUAGAGCUAACGUUAGCCUUAGCUAACAUGGCUGCAAGCAGGGUGCGUUUUCGGGGUGGAAGGGAUUUCCACCUCUCUGGUCUACAUAGCCCUGUUUCUUUAUUAUAUUAUUUUUAUCCCCAGUGGGGACAAAUUUGUUUCCCCCCUCAAAGUGAUGAUGUAUAGAAUAUAGAAUCACCAAUAGACCAUUAUAUACCUAAAAUAGAAAUAUUUGAAACUAGGUGAAGCGCUGUAACGUGAACAUAGUGCGAUAGAAGGAUAAAGUCAGAGCGGCAGUUACUGGUUGUAUUUAGCCAAUAAAGAGCUCCGGGACGCCAGCUACCAGCGUCAGUUGUUCAGCCGCCAACAGGGGAUUGUGAGCCGGCUACAGGCACCGCCAGAUGACGGUCCUUUCAGGGGCCGUGGUAGUGGAGUUUAGGCAGAAAAAUUAAGCGUCAUGGGGCGAUGAAGUUUAGGCAAAAAAACGACUAGUUAAGUCUGGAAAAAAAAAAGAUUGUGCUUUGGAUUAAAACACUCCCGAGGAAGCGUUUCCUGGGUGAAAGUAUCUAGUUUUCGCCGCAAAGUGAACUCCACUCCCCGGCUUGAAAGCGCCGUGUUUAAUGUUGACACCACGUUGUGCUAUUUCAUUCUGAGAUUAUUUUCCAUUGAAUAUUGAAGUGCAUAAAUAAGUGUUUUGGCAUGCCUGGCUGAGUGUCACUAUAUCCAUGGUGUAGAAAGGGGGAUUUAAUUCUUCCAUGUUUUGUUUUGUUGUGCCUCAUC